AUGGCCGAGGUGCAGAUCUACGAUAUCGUCGCCCCCAGCAACAUUCACACGUUCGACGAGCUCUACAUGGUAAUGGAGAUUUGUGACUCCGACUUGAAGAAGCUGUGCCGUACGGACGUGACGCUGACACCGCUCCACAUCAACACGUUACUCUACAACUUGCUGGUUGGGCUCAAGUACCUGCACUCCGCCGGGAUCUACCACCGAGACCUGAAGCCGGCCAAUUGCCUCGUCAACCAGGACUGCUCCGUCAAGAUCUGCGACUUUGGGCUGAGCCGAGCCAUCGAGGCCGCCGAGCAGCCGCACCUGCACGCGCUCCCGAAUACGCCGCGCGGUGAAGGUGAUCAUGACGCAGUGCCCGGGGUGCCCCACACUCAGCGUCUGAAGAGGAACCUCACCGGCCACGUGGUAACCAGGUGGUACCGAGCCCCAGAGCUGAUCUUGCUCCAGGAGAACUACACGGAGGCCAUUGACAUCUGGUCGGUUGGCUGCAUCUACGCCGAGCUCCUUGGCAUGCUCGAAGGCACGCGGACGCAGGAUCGAGGGCCACUGUUCCCGGGAUCCUCCUGCUUCCCGCUGUCGCCAGAUCACAAACACAA